UCUUUUUUUUGAUAGAUGAUUAUUUUUGGAAAUGGACACGUCUGGGAUUAGAAAAUCCACAACCAAAAUUAAUUAUCGAUGAAUGGAUAGGACUACCAAAUAAUAUUGAUGCUGCAUUUACAUAUAAAAACGGCCAGACUUACUUUUUCAAAGGUUCUAAGUAUUGGAGAUUUACUGAUACUUCUUUAGAUAAAGGAUUUCCCAAGGAAAUUACAUUUGGUUUCGCCGGUAUACCAAAUAAUAUUGACAGCUCAAUGAAUUUAAAUGACAAGAUUUAUUUUUUUAAAGGCGAAAAAUACUGGGUAUAUGAUCCAAUUAUCAAGCCUCCAGUAUCCAAUGAGUAUCCUAGACCUUUGAGAGAUUGGAAAAAUGUACCAGCGAGUAUAGAUGUUGCUUUUUAUGCAAAUGAUAAUACUAUAACAUUUGUUAAAGAUGAUUUAUAUUAUCUAUUUAAUGCGACAAUAUUUUCAGCGCCUGUUAACAACAUUCCAACGUAUUCAAAAAGCAUUAGAAAUUACUGGUUCAAUUGUCAAUUAUAAAUUUUUCCAGUUAAAAAAUAAGACAUGUAAACAUUGUUCAUAUGGGGUUUAAAAGUUAUUAAAUACAAUAUUCAAAAAAUGGCAUUUUGUAAAAAUCUGUUUUUAAUUAAAAGUAAUAAAUUCAAGUAUUUAAAUCUGUA